GGCCACGCUGACAUGUGUGACACCAGUGUGACUCCCUACCACUGUGUCUGCCUAGCAGAGAGCCACACAGAGGGGGACAAUUGCCAGCGCUGCGCCCCCCUCUACAACGCCAAGCCCUUCAGGUCAGGUGACCAGCUCCAGUCCUACAACUGCCGACCCUGCCAGUGCCAUGGCCACGCCCACUCCUGCCAUUACGACAUCACUGCUGACGCCCACCCCCUGGAACACUACCGGGGAGGGGGCGGGGUCUGUGACGACUGUAUGCACAACACCACAGGGAGGCAGUGUGAGCGCUGUGCCAGUCAGUUCUACCGUGUGGAGGGGGCGUACCCUGGGGAGGAGGGGGCGUACCCUGGGGAGGAGGGGGGGUGUCGGCCCUGUGACUGCCACACCCCUGGCACCGUCAACGGGAGUCUGGAGUGUGACCAGGUGGGUGGUCAGUGCAGGUGUAAGUCCCGCGUGUCAGGGCGCAGGUGUGACCAGUGUGUCUCCGGGUCGUUCCGUCUGCAGCCGUGGCACGAAGAGGGCUGUCUCCCCUGCAACUGCAGCGCCGCCGGCUCCGCCCACCACGACCUCACCUGCCACGCCCUCACGGGCCAGUGCGGCUGCAAACCCAACGUCAUAGGUCGAACCUGUGACAGGUGUAACUAUGGCUACAAGCUCCUGAACCAGUCCCACCCAGACGGGUGUGUGUCAUGCGACUGUGACCCCCUGGGGUCGACCGGCCCCCACUGUGACCCCGAGGGGGGCCAGUGUGAGUGCAGGCCGGGGGUGGGGGGGGCGCGGUGCCACGCCUGCUCCAGAGGGCUGCAUGGGCUCCACCUGCUGGGAGUCUGCUCCCCCUGCCUCUGCUCCCCCCAGGGAUCCAGGCCCGGCUCCACCUGCGACCCGCACACCGGACAGUGUGUGUGUAAGGAACACACGGAGGGUCAUCGCUGCGACACCUGUCGCCGUGGCUACCACAGCCUGGAACGUCGUAACUCCCUGGGCUGCCUGCCGUGUGCGUGUGACGGCCGCGGGACGGUGGAGGGGGGUGUGUGUGACCCCACCAGCGGCCAGUGCCCCUGCAAGGAGGGGGUGGAGGGGGCGCUGUGUACCCGCUGUGCCCCCCACUAUUACAACAUGACCUCUGACCUCGCUCCGUCGGCGGUGUGUGUCUCGUGUAUGUGCGACCCCCAGGGGGCGGUGGGCGGGACGGUGUGUGACGGCGUCACGGGGCAGUGUGUGUGUGUCCCGACGCGCCACGGACGGGACUGCAGCGCCUGCAGACCAGGGUACUUUGCAUCCUCCAUGGGGUCCAACCAGAGUGUGUGUGUGGAGUGUGCCUGUCACCUGGUGGGGUCAUCAGGGCAGGUGUGUGACGGGCGGAGCGGUCAGUGUGUGUGCGCUCAUCCCUCCGUGGGCGGCCGGAGGUGUGACCUGUGUCAGGAGCUCCACUACGGCUUCAACCCUGGGCUGGGCAGGUGUGUACAGUGUAACUGUGACCCAGUGGGCAGUGUGGAUGCCAAGUGCCACCCAGACUCAGGCAGGUGUGUGUGUAAGGCCUUGGUGACGGGAGAGCGCUGUGACUCAUGUGUGUCCGGGGCCAGUCACAUGGACCCCAACAACUACCUGGGCUGCAGCAAAGCUCCCAGUCAGCAGCCCCCCCCAGUGGGCGUGGUCCUGGGCCCCUCCUCUAUCCGUGUGACCUGGCCCCCCCCAGACUCCCCCAACUCACACGUCCUCACCUACACACUCCUGCGAGACGGACUGGAGGUGCACACCUGCCCCAGCUCCUACCCCUUCAGCUCAGAGACGUUUGAGGAUACCGGCCUGUCUCCCUACACGCUGUACUCAUACCGGCUGCUCACGGCUAACGUUAACGGGCUUACUGAGAGCCCGGCGGCCCAGUACCGGACCUCCUCCUCGGUACCAGACCCAGAGCGACUGCAGCUGAACCUGCUGGGUCGAAGCGGUCCCACAGGGGCCAGCUUCAACUGGAGCCUGACCCAGAACCACAGCGGACCUCUGGAGAGGUUUGUCCUCCGCUCCGUGGCCCUGGGGAGUGGGCAGGAGCGUCUGCACUACUCCGGCCUGGCCACCGAGGCCUCCGCCAGGGGCCUCACCCCCCACACCCGCUACGCUUUCACCCUCCAGGCCUGCACGCUGGGGGGCUGUGCCUCCUCCAGCCCUCCGCUGCUCCUCCUCACCGCCCCCGCACCUCCCCAGGACCAGCCUCCACCCCGACUCAACGCCACCGGGCCUCACCAGAUACACGCCUGCUGGGACCCCCCUGCCCAGCCUAAUGGAGUGAUAAUAAAAUAUGAAAUACUUUUGCGAGGACCAAUGGAACUGCAGGAAAACCUCACAAGCCCCGCCCCGGAGCAGAGUGUGUUCAUCAGCAGUGGUUGGCUGGAUCUGAGUAUCCCGCCCGGAUCGGCCAAUGGGAGCGCUGACCCGCCUCCGGAGAGCAGUGCCGUGGUUACUGGCCUCCAGCCCUUUUCAACCUAUCAGCUGAGAGUUCUGACCGUCAACAUGGCGGGUAGCGUGACGUCAGACUGGUCCAGCGUUCGCACAGAGGAGGGGGUCCCAGAGUUCAUGCCUGCUCCUGAAGUGUGGCCUGUGUCGUCCUCCAGUCUGAAUGUCACGUGGAGGUCACCCCGGGGUCAGGAGGCCAGGGGAGAGGUCACCAAGUACAGAGUUAACCUGGUCAAUCAGCACAGCUCCAACCCCUAUGCUCCCUCUGUCCUUACACAGGUGGUUGACGUGGCAGGUGGUGAUCAGCGUGUGUACCUGGCUGUGGGUCUGGAGCCCUACACCACCUACUCCUUCUCUGUCACUCUCUGCACCAGGCUGGCCUGUGUCCACAGCCAGGCUGCCUCUGGACGCACGCUACCUGCAGCUCCUGCAGGAUUGUUGCCCCCCAAACUGAAGCCUCUGAAUGAGACGACCAUGCAGGUGUCCUGGGACCCCCCCUCCAGGCCCAACGGACCCCCACCCCUCUACCAGGUGGAGCGGACAGACCUGUCCCUCUCCGAUUCUGAUGACCCGGUUGUCAGGGGAACAAGGUUUCCCGGUAACGGUUACUACCGGUUUCCUAGUGAUACACUACCAGUCAACAAUGACUUUACAGGUGUACAGCUCAGUUUCAGGACCAGGGCUCCUGACGGGCUGCUGUUCUAUGCUGUCUCCCCCGGCAGCCAGGAAGAGUACUUAGCGCUGCAGAUCCGGAAUGGCCGCCUGUAUUUCCUGUUUGACCCUCAGGGCUCUGCAGUCGCAGUAGGAUUGCAGGGGGACGGAGACAGGAAGUAUAAUGACAACCAGUGGCAUCUCGUCAUGGCAACCAGAAAGCAGGCCGUUGGAACCAUCAUGGUGGACGAUACAUUUACAGGUAAUGCGUCUGCAUCCAGCGGCAGUACCAUCAUAGGGGAGAACACGGGGGUGUUUAUCGGAGGACUGCCAGAGGACUUUCCUCUUCACAGACAAGACUCAGGGGAUGCCCGAUUGGUUCAGCACGGGUUCUCUGGUUGCCUUAGAGAUGUGAAGGUGAAGAUGAGUGACAGUCCAUCUGAAGUUUGGCAGCCCCUUGAUUGGUUCAGAGCUACAGAGAGGGUGGUGGCCUUGGAAAGCUGGGAGGGAUGCCCUGCUCACUCUGAGGAUGGAGCACACUUCCUGGGACAAGGUUACCUGGAGCUGGGUGCGGAGGUGUGGCGUUGGGGGGUGGAGUUUGAGAUGAGCUUGGAGUUUAGGACGGACCAGCUGGACGCUCUGCUGCUCUUCAGCUACGACACACAGGGAGAAGACUACGCUCUGGCGGAGCUUGAGGGCGGUCUGCUGUCUUGGGUUCUGUCCUGGGGCGGUCAUGUGACCCACCUCAGCAUGUGGGUGGGGCUCAGCUACUGUGAUGGCGAAUGGAACCAGCUCUCAUUGGUCAAAGAGGGAUCCCUUAUCUCUGCCUCCCUCAACGAUUGGUCGGAGUACCAGAGGGGGGAGGGAGGGGGCAGGCUGAGGGUUGACUCACCCCUCUACCUGGGGGGGGUUCCCCCCCACCUCUCUCACAGAGGACUGGCCAGCAUGAGCCACCGACAUGGUCUGGGAGGGUGUGUGAGGGGCGUGGCCGUUAAGACCUCCCUCUCCGGCGUACCGGUUGUGUCUGCCAUCAGUCUGUCGGCCUCCGUCCGCCACUCUGUCAGGGUCAACCUGGACGGUUGCCCGGCAACCGACAGCCGCUUCGUUUGCCGUGGCAAUGACUCUGUGCUGGUGUACACAGGCCGAGAGACACAGACCAGAGAUCACGGACUACAGCCUUUCACUGAGUAUCUGUACAGGGUGGUGGCGUCCUCUGCAGGGGGCUGGACAACUGGGGCCUGGGACCGUACACGCAGCCACGGGACAGUGCCCCUUAGUGUCCCUCCUCCCUCCAGAGUUGAGAGUGGGAGUGGCUUUAGUGCCCAGGUGAGCUGGACUCCGCCCUCUGAUGUCAGAGGUGUGAUUGACAGGUAUGAGCUGAGAGCCUAUGACAGAGACCAGCCCGGCUCAGCACCUGUGAGCGCAACCUACCUGUCUGGAGGAAACUUUACAGGUCUGCUGUCUGGUCUGACUCCGUUUACUCGCUACAUCGUCACGGUAGCGGCCUGCACUCAGGCAGGCUGCACGGAGAGUCGCCGCGACAACAGUGGAGAUGGUGUCGGGAGGUGGAGCCUGGUCACUCCUGAAGAGGCUCCGGAGGACGUGCCCCCCCCAGACGCAGUAUCUCACCCCUCCUCCCUGGCACUGACCUGGGCCCCUCCUCGCAGGCCCAACGGCCGGGUCACACACUUCCUGUUGUACCAGGAUGGAACCCUCUGCUACCGUGGCAACCGCACACAACUCAACGUCACCGGUCUGGGUGUGUAUUCCCCUCACGUGUUUGUGCUGGUGUGUGUACGGCAGCAGGCUGCACCAACAGCUCCCAGGUGACCCUGUUCACCUCCCAGCAGCCACCUGGGCCUCUGGCCCCGCCCACACUCACAGCGCUCGACUCACACAGCGUCCG